CGAAGCGUUUCGGUUCGGUGCAUCGGUUGAUCCGUGGAAAGUGCGGGUCCGCGAAUUUGCAAAACCCCAUAAGGGAUUCCUGUGGCACCCAACACACGGGUCCUUUUUGCAAACUCUCUAUCUCUCUCCCUCCAUCCCAUCGGUUUUGUGCGGUUUUUAUUCUUGGAGUGGAGUGGAGUCCAGGAGCGGAAUUGGUGUGUGGAUCACUGUGGAUGUUUUUGAGCACGGUUUCGCAGCAGCAGUUCACAACUUAGUUAUUGUGUUGAAGGGUUGAAGCUGUGAUGAGUGAGGCGGAACAAGGGGUGGUACCAUUCAACGUUUAGAAACAAAACCCUUGGCUCGCGUCGUCCUGAUCCCUCACAUUUUGACUCCCAACCCCUUUUAAAAAAGGAUAAUACGCUCCUCCGUUUAGUGGGGUUCUUGCGGAAGAAUUUGUGUGGAUGUAUGGGGAGAAUGUGGGCAAGGAAAAACAAAUAAUAGGUGAAUGUUUUCCGAAGUGGAAACUACACGGUGAGAGGUCACGGCAUAUUUCUGAAGGGGGAGGCGGCCUCGCCGAGAGGAGAUCCUCCAAAAAGGCCAAUAAAUCUAGCUCACCUGGUUCAAGAGCUUUCCGGUUUUCUGUGUGGCCGUUUCUGUGCUUCCGCGCCGUCUUUCGACUGCAACGGCUAAUCGAUUAAUGGUUUUGGCUAUGAGGGUGGUGUGAAUAUAUGUAGAUGGAUAGAUGGCGGUGUGAAGAAGACACAGCAAGCCAUGACCUAAGAGGAUACUACACAUCUUCUAGUGUGCUAUCUACAUAUCUUCUGUUUCUGUCUGCUUGGCAAAGGCAAAGUAGGCCUAGGCAGAAUUGUGCCACGCUAACUGGAUUACCACGGCCUACUGCUCCGACUAUACGUUUGUGAUGUGAUGGGACGACGGUGAAGAUGAUGUGCUAAAGUCAGUGAUGCAAAAGUCCAUAAUCGAUGCGGAAAAUUGCCGAUCUGGAGGGAAGACGAAAAUUGAUGAUGAUCCACUUCGAUUGCACUCGAUUCGGGAGAAAUACAUGAUUAAUGAGCAUAAUUAAAUCGACCACAAUUGUGCAGUUAAAACAGCCGAAAUUAUUACCCCUAGCUUUGUGUUUGCGGAUUUACCAGUGAACGAAAACAGAGCCAUAAUAAAAAUAACAUAAUUUCCCAAUUGUGUGACAAGCUAUGCAAUGUGUAAAGGUUCGAAAAUGAAAACAAGAAAUCACUUUUAAUGCUGAUGAUGGUGCUGGUGAAAUAAAGAAGAAUCAGGAAAAAAAAAGUAUAAUACCAACAACCAAUUUUCACGGAUGGAAAAAUUUCGCCCACGGAAAAAUAAAGUGAAAAAUCAACAAUCAAAGCUCCCAAAUGGUGGUGAUAAAAUGCGCUCGGAUCAACAAUUUAUUUGUUGAAUCGAAAUUAUAAUCAGCGACGAACGAGCGAGAGAUACCUGAAAGCAAGAAAUAAAAAAGUUCGGGGGGAAAUAAAAUAAAUAACAACCGGAAAUUGGCGUUUGUCAGUGUGAUGAUCAGCCAUUGUUGUUGCCUUGGCUGAUGCUUCUGUUGAUGUUCGGAUGUCGUCAAUGUUGCUGACCAUUUUGAAAUCCGGCAGUGUAAAAUAAACGCCAGUACCUAGUAGGUAAUUGUCAUUUGCUAUUGCUGCGGCAGUUGUUGCUGUGAAUUGGUGUUGUGAAUAAUUCAGUGCACCUCACCGUUAGCGUUGUGGAAUUGAAUUGAAUUCCGGGGCUGCAGCAGUAAUCUAGUGAAGCGUAAUGGAUAUUGUGCUGAGUGUUGUCGAUCGUUCACCAACUAAAUAGUAACAGACAGCAGGCGUUGACGUGCGGAAAAGUAGAUUAUCGGCAACCGAAUAAGAGAUAUCGCUCAACUGGCACCGAAACCUGAUCCCAUCCGAUGGAGUAUUGAUAAUUUCAAAGAAACGAUAGAAAAAAAAACAGUAAAACGGAACUGGAAGCCGGGGAGAGCCGAAGAAAGCAAUGACGGGACGUCCUUACGGGAUCCGGAACAACUCGAAUCCAAAUUCCCCCAGAAGAAGUUAGCACGACCAACCGGCGAGGAAAAACGAGAAGGAUUUGUUCUAAUCAGUUGCUGUGUUUUUUUUUCGGUUCUGUUCGCCCUCGAAAGUCCCCAUAAAUCCAUCAAAGAAGGCUUUGCGGUACCGGGUUGCCCAGCAACAACCCGAAAGGAUUUUCUUUUCCUCUGAAUAAGUAUCCUGAAAAGUUAAGGGGGUGGUGUGGGAAAUAAUGCCAGAAAAAGGCGAACAGCAGUCCCCAUGGUUCGAUUGAAUUUCAAAGCCAACUGGACCGUUUCCCAUAGCUGAGAACUCGAUACAGAAGGCCUACUAAGCCUAAUGGGGUUGUAAUCAAGCGUGCGUUUUGGAUUUUUAUUUUCAUUUUUCUCAUCAAAGUGAGCGGUUUUUUUGUUUCCAACGUUUCGAAUCGGCAGUGGUUAGACUUCACCAGCCAGUUUCAUCAUCGACAAAAGUCAACGAGAAAUCACAGCGCGAACGUGUGAGGAGUAAUAAACUAAAUGUGUGCUCACUUAAUCCUUUCCGAAAUCCUUUAAAGGGUUCGUUGUGUGAAAGGGGAGAAAAAAUCAGCUAUAAGCUGUUGGGGAUUGAAUAAAGCAGGGAAAAAAAUCAGCAUCCCCCACAACAAUUCAGGUGCUCAUGGGAAAUGAAAUUGUACAGAAAUGUACUUGUUCUUAGUGGAGGCUGCCGCCCGGAAGUACAAUAAAAGAAGAAGACGGAAGCCAACGACUGCAGCAUGGAGCUGCACGGUUGAGUGAGAAAGAGAGUAGCAGAAGACGAAGCAGGAGAUGUAGAAGGGUUGUUUUAUGUUUUUCUUCUCCACACUUAGAAGUCUUCAAGCCGAUGCUGUGCUAUUGCUUCUAGGGUAGUGGGAGCCGGAAGCAGGUCAACCGUAACUCGGGAAAAGUGGAAUUGCACGUAUCAUAGCGCUUAGGGAAAAAACCGAAGCGAAGGAGCUCAACGGAAGAGGAAGAAGAAAAAAACACAGGGAGAAAAAAGUAAAAGACUCAUACAAAAGUGGUGUUUCUUCAAAUAAGUGGAAAUCGUGGAUGGAAAAAGCCGGCGAAAGCUUUCUUCCUUCAAAGUAGUUGCUGAAGAGUGGAAAGUUGUAGUUUGAUAAGUGUACGACUACGACGUGUGUGUGUAUGUGUGCCAGUGUAGAAUAAGUAAGAAUAAGUGUACAAGUGAAAAUAAAAGAAGGAAGGCAACGGCGAAAAUGGCGCAAUACGUGACAAAGCAGUAUUUUUGCCAUUUGUGGAUUGUGAUGGUGGCGGUGGCUUUCGUAGUUUUGCUGGGGGAUUUCGGUCGGAUUGGCCACCGCCGGGUCGGGGAACCUCAUCGGAUCAGUAACGCUAAGCUGCCGCUCGGAACGCUGGUGGAUGCUAGUUCUGUCAUUGGCGAUGAGAAUGGUCCACUGUACGAGGUCCAAACGGCGGUCGGUCUGGAUGUGUCCCUGCCCUGUGAUCUGCUCCCGACCACGAUGACCAUGCUCACGGACAAGGUGACCCUGGUCAUCUGGUACAAGGAAGGCAACACCAAGCCCAUCUACUCGUUCGAUGCCCGGGGAAAAAGUCUCCAGCAGGCGAUCCACUGGUCGGACGAGGCAGUGCUCAAAUCCAAGGCCUACUUCUACUACGAAACCAAUCCACCGGUGCUGCGGAUAAAGAACGUCAAACAAGACGAUGCGGGCCUUUACAGAUGUCGAGUGGACUUCCUGAAGUCACCAACAAAAAACUGUAGAAUAGAUAUGGAUGUUUUGGUUCCUCCCUCCCGGGUGACGAUCCUAGACGACCAGGGAGCGGAAGUCCAGAACAACGUCGUGGGUCCAUACCGGGAGCACACGGACAUCAAUCUGACCUGCAUUUCGAGCGGGGGCAUUCCGACGCCCAAGGUAACCUGGUGGAAGGAGCACGCCCUCCUCGAUGACUCCUUCAUGGUUCUGCCGGACGGAACCGUCAAGAACGUCCUCUACCUGGAGAAACUGACCCGCAGCGAUUUGAACUCGAUUUACACGUGCCAAGCCAGCAACGGCCAUGUCGUUCCCCCGCUCUCGACCGCCGUCAAGUUGGACAUGAAGCUUCCGCCGCUCAACAUCCAGAUGGUGGGCCUGCAGGAAUCGUUGACGGCCGGAAUUACGGCCCAGGUGUCCUGUCAAACGGCUGGCAGUCGGCCGGCACCGAGCAUCGUCUGGCACAAGGGCGGAACCACCAUCCGGGGGACAUCGCAAACGACCUCGAACGAUGGCAACGUGACACUAUCGGAGCUGGUCUUCAGCCCCGGACCGGAAGAUAAUGAAAAAUCAAUUACAUGCUCAAUUACGUACGACGAAUUCGGGGAUCAGGCGCCGCCAGUUUACCUGAAGGAUUCCCGAACGCUCAACGUCCGGCAUGUUCCGGUGAUUUCGCUGUCCCUCGGAGCGCCACUCAACUCCCAGAACCUGAUGGAGGGUUCUGACGUCUAUCUGGAAUGUGACAUCAAAUCCAACCCGCCGGUCAAAAAAAUUGAAUGGUUUCACAACAACAAACAGCUUCAAUCGUCCCGCGGCAUCAUCAUCUCGAACCAGACGUUGGUCCUGCAGAGCAUCACGAAGGCCACCCACGGCGAGUAUCAGUGCCGGGCAGCGAACGCACUCGGAUCGGUCAGCAGCAAUCAGCUCUAUUUGGAUAUCAAAUAUCCACCCGGUUGUAAAUCCGAAGCGCAAAUAAUUCGUGCCGCCGUCAAGCAAACGGUCAACAUCACCUGCGAUAUCGACGCAAAUCCGAUGCCGAACCUGCUCUUCCGGUGGCAGUUUAACAAUUCACUGGAAAGCAUGCAAGAGUUGCCUCCGUACACAAACGUGGAACCGGCGGAACAAAACCCGAUGCUUCUGGGAGGCCACCACUUGCAGCAACCAUCAUCGAUGGACGGACCAAUUCUGGACGGAUCAUCUCAUCCACAUCUGCUGCAUCAUCAUCAUCAGCUAGCAUCGUCCGGAUCCUCGUCCUCUUCCUUAUCGUCUUCAUCAUCAUCGAGUGGCGUUGGGUCUUCCGCGAACCUUCUCGUUGGGCCCAAUCUCGAGGAAAUGGUUCGCCGGAAGCUGGAACGCCAACAGAUGCCCCCCAAACCGAGCCUGGUCGAUGGCCAACUGUACCUCUAUCGGAUCGAAUCGUUCAGCAGCUUUGGCACCGUGACCUGCACCGCGACCAACACGUACGGCCAGAGUGGCCACUGCCUCUAUCACAUCCUGGUGGCAGAUGUACCUGAUCCAAUUAAAAGCUGCACCGUUUCGAAUGUGACUGCCUACACGGUGCACAUAUCCUGCAUCGCCGGCAAGGACGGAGGAAUUCCGCAGCAAUUCCACGUGGAUAUAUUUGACGAAAACACGAAAAAGCUUCUAUUCAGCAUCACGUUUCAUGGACCGGAAAUGCUGCUGAAAAAACUUCCCAGUGACACCAGAUUCAUCAUCAAGAUCACGCCAUUUAACCUCCAGGGCACGGCACCGACCGCUUAUCGUGUCAAGGCUCAGACCCUGCCGGCGCCAUUGCUGCGGACCGCUCCCUCAAAGGCCGUGCUCGUCCAGCUGACCCCGCUGCUCGGAGCUUUGGUUGGUGCUGCGAUAACGCUCUUCCUGGUCGCCAUCUGUAUCAUCAUUUUCGUGAAAUUCAAAACGAAGAAAAAGCACCACCCGCCGGGCACAACGGAACAGGACAAGGGCAGCGCGGAACCGCUGAGUCGCAACAUCGGCAGCCACUCAAGCAUCGAUGACAAGAAUCCGGACGUGAUACCGCACGAGAACAGCGAAGACGACGAGGAGAAACAAUUCGAACGCCUCACGCUGGACACCGAUCGGUUAAAAUAUACGGUUCAACCCCCCCUGACAAUGAUAAUGCCAAACAACAAACCAACGUCGGGAGCUUACUCGCCGAUGCAUCUUUCGCCAACUGGAAACGGAUUGAAAAAGUUCGGCGAGCUCUCGCUAACGACGAACCCGAGCUACGCGAUCUACAAUUCUCCGGUGCGGAGCACCUACAUCAGUGCGACUAGCAAUCUAGCCGGGACAACGACCACGACGACAGUGCUGCCAAUUUCGUCGGCAGCACAACCAGUGGUGGGGCGAACGAGUGGGACGACAUCGCCAAACAUCUACACAAGACUGCCUUUGCGGGACUUCACGCCCGUAACGUACGACAGUAUGCUCAGCACGUCGCAAACUUCGUCCCUGUCGUCAAACGGGGGAGGUCCGGGUGGGAUCAACUCGCAAAUCUACACCGCCAAAAUGCCACUCCUCACGACGAACUACGCCGAGCUGGCAUCACUGGAGAAAUGAUAGCAGAUGGCUUCAGAAGAUGACUAAGAAAGCCGGGGGGCGUGGCGUGUUGAGUAAGUGAAGAUGGUGCAGUGUCCAAAAACUAUUGUCAAUUCGAAACAUUACAUCCUUUCACCCGAUGAAGAAAGUGGGAAAGAAAAACCGAUCCUCAAAAAGCUUCCACGGGCUUCAUGAGGGAGGGGAAGAUUUCUAAAAUCUGACUCCCCAAAACCUUCACAGAAGUCCCUUGCCAUAUGUUUAUAAACAUUAUAAUCAUCAAUCACCCCCUCAAAACAAGAAAAAAUUGAAAAAAAAACAAAAACCAAUAACAGUCUAGCUAGGAUUAUCCCAUCACAACACUUUAGGUAAGAUCUACGGAAAUGAACAAGAAAAAACUGAUUCGAUCUAGGUUUUAGUAUAAAAAGAAAUCGAAAACCAAUCCAUGUACAGAUACAUAUCUAAGAAUCGUAUUUUUGUACGUUUGUACUUAGAGUAAAAAAGCAAACAAAUUGCGUAGCUAAAUUUUAUCAACCCUCGAACAGUCCCCCAAAAAAAAAAGAAAAAAAAACGACGACCCUCUCGAAAGGUUCUCCAGUUUUCUAAAGAUUUCGUUAGCCCAAGAAAGUUGUUGACCCGUUUAAAGUUUUACCGGUUGUCCGUUUUAGAAUUGAUCUUGGCAGCGGUGUCAUAUCAGGCAGCCAGAACCAGCUGAU